AUGAAUGAAGCAGAUAAAGUUGUGUCCAGGAUUAGAGAUAUAGGAGCAACACAAGUAAGAAGCCAGAAUGAGUCUCCACAAAAUGGCAUUAACCCGGCAGAGAAGCCUUUCUUGCAGCCAGUGCCUUAUGUGGCUGUACAUAUGAGGAUAGAGAUAGACUGGAUGAUUCAUUGUAAGAAGCUAGAGCAAAGAUCAAACAUAACUCAAAUUUGUAGCAGCAAGGAGGAGAUCAUGGAGAGAGUGGGCAACAUUGCUGGCCUGAAAACACCAGUCGUUGUUUAUUUAGCUGUGGCUGACAGUCUUCUUCAUGAUCCAUCUAUUUUGAGUGGCUGGAAGGAAGGCUUGAUUCCUUAUGAGAAGAAGAAAUUGGGGCUUGAAGGGACUUACAAGAAGUUCCCUUAUCUCAUUCAGUCUGCAAUUGACUAUGAAGUGUGUUUAAGGGCCGAUGUCUUUGUGGGAAACAGUUUCUCCACAUUUUCGAACCUUAUAGUUCUCGAUCGAACGCAGAAGCUCAUUAGAAUGGGCGUCACAAGCUCAUGUGGUGUGGAUGUAAGGUGGCCUUCUUAUGCAUACAACAUAUUAGGGGAAGCAAAAGGCCCUCAAAGAUGGAUGACAAACAUGUCUGGCUCAAGUCUUCAAGCAAUUAGCUAUGGCUCCAAUGACAUUUUGUGUUGUGUUGAUCCUUAG